AUGAACGGUGUAAUUGAAGGGUUUACUGUUAACUCUCACGUGAAUCUUUCAUCAAAUGUGUUUUGUUUAAAACAUUUGAGAACACUCACAUUACAGAAUGCAGGCUUGAAACUGUUACCAGAUAUUAAAAAUUUAAAAGAAUUAACAACAUUAAGAAUAACAUCGAAUAGAGAAAGCGGUGAUAGUUUACCAUCUGAAAUUGGUCAUUUAACAAAAUUAGAAACACUGCAAAUAGUGGACGUACCUGAACUUAAUCACUUACCAGCUGAAAUGGGUCAUUUAACAAAAUUAAAAGAACUGAAUAUAAUUAACCUACCUAACCUUAAUAACGUACCAUCUGAAAUUGGUCAUUUAACAUCGCUGAAAAAUUUAACGUUAACGAAUUUACCUCAUCUCAAGAAUUUACCUUAUCAUGAUGAUGGAAAAUUGAUAUCACUCGUACACUUAGAAGUAACCAAUUGUACUAGUAUUACUCACUUACCAGGAACAAUGGAAAAUUUUCAAUUAUUAGAAAGAUUUACGCUAUCAAAUACAAAUGUAUCUAUAGUUGACAUCAAAAAUUUAAUCAGUUUACAACAAUUUAAGUUACUGUUUAACAAAUUAUUAACAAUAUUAGCAUUAGAAAAGCUACCAAAAUUAAAUACGUUACAAAUUCAGAGUAAUUCAUAUUUACCAUCAAUACAUUUGAGCGAUUUUCCAUCAUUAACUGAUUUAAAAAUCACAUCAAACGCGGAUUUAUUAUCAUUACAUUUAGAAAAGCUGUCAAAUUUAACCGCAUUAGAUCUAUCAUCAAAUUCAAACUUGUCAUCGAUAUGGUGUGAAGAUUUAACAAAACUACAAACAUUCAGCUUAUACUCCACAUCAAAUCUAUCAACAGUAACAUUGACAAAUUUAGCUGUGAGAUCAGUGACUAUAACAAAUUCAAAAUUAUCAUCAAUAUUCUUAUCAAAUUUACAAUAUUUAACUUCAUUAGAUUUAUCUUCUAACCCGCUAUUGACUAGGUCUAUCCUUUUAAAUGAAUUACCCAAUGUACUAACAUUAGAUCUAUCCAACUGUCAGUUUGAUUCAUUUCCCGAAGAGUAUUUAAUAUUGCAAUCAUUAACUACGUUAAAACUGAACAACAAUAAACUAACAUCAUUACCAUUAACUAUUUCAGAUGAUUUAUCAAAUUUAAAAUAUAUAUAUUUAGAAAGAAAUCAAUUUACACAUUUACCUCAACCACCAUUAGUUCAUGUUAAAGAGUUAUACAUGACAGAUAAUUUAUUGACAAAUUUGAAUGGUAUUAGUGGUUAUAAAUCAUUAGAAAAAUUGGUUUUAAAUUAUAAUCUCAUUGGAUCAAUACCAGUUGAAAUAGUUGGAAUAUCAAACACAUUAAUGUCUUUAACAAUGACUAAUAAUCCAUUAAAACAUGUUGCAAAUCAAUUUGCUAAUAUGAGACGUAUGCAACUUCUUGACGCAAGGUACAACAACUUUACGGACUAUGAGAAAAAUAUAGUAACGAAUCUACUUGGACCUACUCCAAUACGUUAUGAUUUUAGUUGGAGAUUGUAA